CAUUUUUUAGUGUGUGCAUUUUUUAGGACGUUCGCAAAAUGUGUUUAAAUGCUUUCUCAAGUCAUUUAUAAUAAAUAACCAAAAUAAAAUGGGUUCAAAUACCUUGGUUAUUAUCAAGAAUAUUAGGAGUGAUAACAUGUGACAUAUGUUUGAAUCGAUUUAAUUUGUAACGCGACGCAAACGCAUAGAGUAUUACAGUAGUUUACGUACCCAAAUGACAAUAAAUCUUAUCUCUUUUAUGGAUUGAAAUCAUGGUUGAAAAUAAUAAUCCAGCCUUCUUUUUGUUAUGGUUUAUUUUUAUGUUUUUGGAUCUGUUUGAGUCAUCAGUUUAUGAUUGCCUUUUUUUUAAAGUGGUGCAAUGACAGAGGCUGUUCGCUCCAAUAUCCGCAGUACACCACGAACUGUCAGACCAGUAGCGUAAUAUUUAGUUUUCUUACUUUUAUUAAAUAGUCAACUUAAUUACUGAUCAAAUAAUCAUAUGUUUACUUGGUGAAUUCAAUAACAGAGUUUGAGUGUUAAUAUUGAAUUCAAUGAAAAGGUAACUCUCUAAUUGAGUUUUCCAUAUCUCAAAUCAUCUUUAUUUAUAUUUCACGUGGCUGCUACAUGUGCAAUUAUUCUUAUAAUACCAAAGAAUUGUAAAAUUAGUUGGCUAAAUUAUUUAGAAGUUGAUGAAUCACCAAGUAUUGACAUACAGAGAGAACUGAAAAGUGAUCUAGAAAAGGUCAGACAACAUUGAUGAUAACAAUUGUGAUUAUCAACGCUUAGCACUAAGUUAUUUGAAAGUAAAAAUAAUAAUAAACAUGAGCAAUAGUUAUGGAUGGAACAUGAAUGUUAUUGCUGAACCAGAGUUCAUUCAGAAAAAGGUUGAAAAAGCUGAACUUGGGGAAAGAGGAUCUGGUAUACGAACUCGUGGGGCAGUACAAGACUUUCAACAACUACGACAAGAAUGUCUUUCACAGGGAACUUUAUUCGAGGAUCCAGAAUUCCCUGCGGUAGAUUCUUCUUUAUAUUUUUCGAGAAGACCUGACAGAUACAUUGAAUGGAAAAGACCAAUGGAAAUAGCUGAUGAUCCUCAGCUGUUUGUUGAAGGAUAUUCAAGAUUUGAUGUUCAACAAGGAGAACUAGGAGAUUGUUGGUUGUUGGCAGCAGUAGCAAAUCUAACAAUGUAUCCACAGUUGUUUUUCCAAGUAGUACCUGAAGAUCAGAGUUUCGGAGAAGAUUACGCUGGGAUAUUUCACUUUAGAUUCUGGCAAUAUGGACGAUGGGUAGACGUAGUGAUUGACGAUCGUUUGCCAACAUACCACGGUCAGUUGAUGUACUUACACUCAGCAGAGAAUAAUGAGUUCUGGAGUGCUUUAUUGGAAAAAGCAUACGCGAAGCUUCAUGGCUCUUACGAGGCUUUGAAAGGAGGUACCACCUGUGAAGCAAUGGAAGACUUUACUGGUGGAGUAACGGAAAUGUAUCAAAUGGAUGAGACCCCACCGAAUCUAUUUCACAUUCUCUUGAAAGCUCACGAACGAAAUUCUAUGUUGGGUUGUUCUAUUGAACCAGAUCCUAACGUGCUUGAAGCAGAAACUCCUCAAGGGCUUAUUCGAGGACAUGCUUACAGUAUUACUCGUGUCCAGUAUGUUGAUAUCGCUACGCCCAACACUUCCGGAAAGAUUCCACUUUUAAGAUUGAGAAAUCCAUGGGGAAAUGAAGCUGAAUGGAAUGGACCUUGGAGUGACGGAUCUCCAGAGUGGAGAUUUAUUCCAGAUCAUGAAAAAGAAAAAUUAGGAUUGACAUUUGAUAUUGAUGGAGAGUUUUGGAUGUCUUUCCAAGACUUUAAAACAUAUUUUACAAGUUUAGAAAUUUGUAAUUUAAACCCUGACUCUUUGACGGAAGAUGAUCUAAACUCUGGUAAAAAAAAAUGGGAGAUGAGUGUUUUUGAAGGAGAAUGGGUUCGUGGUGUUACCGCUGGGGGUUGUAGAAAUUUCUUAGAAACAUUCUGGCAUAAUCCACAAUACCGAAUAACUCUAGAAAUUCCUGAUGAAGAUGAUGAUAAGUGUACAGUUAUUGUAGCCUUGAUGCAGAAAAAUAGACGAGCACAAAAGAGUAUGGGCGCAGACUGUUUGACUAUUGGAUUUGCUAUUUAUCAUCUCGAUUAUCCUGAUCGUUUGCCAAAACCUCUAGACAUUAAUUUCUUCAAAUAUAAUGCAUCUGUUGCAAGGUCUCCAUCAUUUAUUAAUUUAAGAGAAGUUAGCUGUCGUUUUAAACUACCUCCUGGAACUUAUUGCAUUGUACCUAGUACCUUUGAUCCUAAUGAAGAAGGCGAAUUUUUGUUACGAAUAUUCUCUGAGACUAAAAAUAACAUGGAAGAAAAUGAUGAAUCUGUUGGUAUUGGAGAAGUUGAUGAUAGGGUACGAGAACAACCUGAGCCUGAUCGCAAUGAAGAAAAAGUUCGUGAAUUCUUCAGAAAACUUGCUGGUGACGAUAUGGAAGUGGAUUGGAUGGAGUUGAAAGAAAUUCUAGACUAUGCUAUGCGCAAAGAGCUACCACUGUCCUCUCAACGUAGUGAGGCUCAUACUUCAGACAAUGUACAAGAAAAUGGCUCUUUUGUGGAUACAAUCAUCUCUCUACUAUGUAGUAUUGUUUGCAAUAACGAACAAUACAAUAAGUCUACGGAAAUGCAUAAUGAAGGAUUCAGUAAAGAUGUCUGUAGGAGUAUGGUUGCUAUGAUGGAUACCGAUCAUUCUGGAAAGUUAGGAUUCGAAGAAUUUAAAAGUUUGUGGGCUGAUAUAAGAAAUUGGAGGGCUGUGUUUAGAUUAUACGAUAGAGAAGGAACAGGAUAUUUGAGUGCCUUUGAACUAAGACAAGCACUCAACAGCGCUGGAUAUAAAUUAAAUAAUCAUAUUCUAAACAUUUUGGUGCACCGAUAUGGAACUAAGGAAGGAAACAUUACCUUCGAUGAUUUUAUUAUGUGCGCUGUUCGAUUGAAAACCAUGAUUGACAUCUUUCGAGAACGUGAUCCAGAUCAUACUAACUCUGCAACCUUUACGCUGGAAGAAUGGGUCGAAAAGACUCUCUAUUCAUAAAAAUCAUUAUAUAAAUCACAUUUCUAUUAAUUAAUACUCCUGUAAUUAACUGACUAUAAAAUGUUCCUUCAAAUUAUUUAGAAAAAAAUACAUUAUACUCGACAAACGUCUGCCAAAAUUAUAACAAAUCUGGCGUCUGUUGGAGCGCAUUUUUUUUAAAACAAUGGCGCUGUCACAAUUUUUUACGCGCUAAAUUUUCAAAAAUCGCACAAAUAAAAAUUUUAUAACUUCAUCAUGUGCCUACUAUUCUUGCAUUCGUCAUUAAAACAAUUAAUAUAAAAUAAAUUGUUUAGAACUUAUAUACUAUUGAUAUUACCGAAGAUGAAUGUAUUAAAAAUG